AUGGCACCCAAACGAAAGAGAUCAACAGCUGCGGCGACUCCCAUGACUGAUGGCGCUUCAAAUCCAAUUCUUCCUUCGACUCAGUCUACUUCUAUUAAACCACCUACCAGACCUUCGCGGCAGUCUUCACGCAGGGGCAAACCUGACACCAACCCCGAGCACAAUGCAGAUAUUGUAGAUAGCAAGACAGCACUUCGUGCAAGCCCAGAUGCUGACGAGCCUGGGGAGUCGUUCAAUCUUAAGAAAAUUGAGGUACCCAUAACUCCCGCGAAGGAUAAUGGUGUAACUGUUCCCGUCAAGAAUGAGGAAACCGAUUCGCCCCUAACGGAUAUUGGUGAUGAUAUCCCUGUGUCCACGCCUGCUAAGAAACAGAAAAAAGCCCCAACGAAAAGCUCAAUUGCUGCAAAGAAAGGGCUGCGGAAAAGAAAUAAAAAGGAGGAUGACGAAGAAGAAUGGGAUAAAAGGCUGGAUCCUGACGGAGAUGAAGAAGGGCAGGCAGAGGAUGCUGAUGCUAUAAAGUUGGAGGCGAGAAGACCGCCCCCAAUCAAUAGCGACUAUCUGCCUCUUCCAUGGAAAGGAAGAUUAGGAUAUGCAUGUCUGAAUACCUACCUCAGAUCCUCAGAUCCUCCUGUUUUCACAUCUCGAACCUGUCGUAUUGCUUCUAUUGUCGAACAUCGACAUCCUUUGAAAGACCCUUCACAACCUGAGCAUGCAACCAAAAAUCGACCAGAUAAAUCGAAGCCAGCUUCUAUUGAGCGAGGACAACGAUACGUCGAAGAAUUGUGCCUAGCAAAUGUUCGAGACCUACCCAAAAUGCUACGAUGGAAUGAUAAAUAUGGUAUCAAAUUCAUGAGACUAAGUUCGGAGAUGUUUCCGUUCGCUAGUCAUGCCGAACAUGGCUAUAGCCUUGCCCCCUUCGCUAGCGAAGCUCUUGCCGAGGUGGGGAAAGUGGUAGCUGAAUUGGGACAUCGAGUUAGCUCACAUCCUGGACAAUUCACUCAACUAGGUUCCCCUCGUCCAGAAGUGAUUGCAAAUGCAUUUCGAGACCUUGAGUAUCACGACGAACUGUUCCGACUCCUGAAAUUGCCAGCCCAGAUCGACAGAGACGCAGUCUUGAUUUUGCAUAUGGGAGGUACAUUUGGCGACAAAGCGGCCACGCUCGAUCGCUUCCGUGAAAAUUACGCCAAACUUUCGCCUUCCAUUAAACAACGGCUCGUCUUGGAGAACGAUGAUGUAUCGUGGACUGUCCACGACCUCCUUCCAAUCUGUGAAGAGCUCAACAUUCCUCUAUGUCUUGAUUUCCACCAUCAUAACAUAAUGUUCGAUUCUAGUCAAAUUCGUGAAGGUACUAAGGACAUCAUGGAGCUCUUUCCCAGAAUCAAAGCUGGAUGGACGAAGAAAGGUAUUACACAGAAAAUGCAUUACAGCGAACAGACGCCUCAAGCCGUCACAGGUCGUCAAAGACGGAAACAUAAUCCUAGACCUGCAACACUUCCACCCUGCGCCAAUGAUAUGGAUUUGAUGAUCGAAGCAAAAGACAAAGAGCAAGCUGUGUUUGAACUCAUGAGGACAUUCAAGUUGCCGGGAUAUGAAAAAUUCAAUGAUGUUGUUCCUUACGAAAGAGAUGAUGAUAAUCGCGUCUUACCUAAGAAGCCCAAGAAGAAGAAGACCAAGAAGCAGAUUGCAGAUGAGAUUGAAGAAUUUGGACAUGAGGUCGAAGAAGAAGAGGAAGUAAGCAAAGAGAUAAUACCAGAAGAAGAAGUUGGCAUGGGAGGAAAGGAUAAUCGUGUAUACUGGCCAGUCGGUAUGGAAGAAUGGUUACGACCAAAGAAGCGUGAAAUCAAGAAGAAAAACUCUGAAGGGUCCAAAGAGGAAGAUGAGAUGUUUAAAAACCCUACACCCGCAAAUUUCGAGGCAAGGAAGAAGAUUACCGAGAGGAAAAAGAUGCCUUUUGAUGAAGGGGUUAAGGAGAAAUUAGCGAAGGCAGAGUGUCUGAAUGAUGUUUACGAAGUGGUGGAAUUGGUCAAAACUUCGCAAUCUAAAGUCGAUGAGAGAUCAGAAGCUAAUGGGUUUGCGGCGGGGCCUGGUUCAUCUAAAAAGAGCACGCCUGUUAAGAAGAAGCCAGCACCGGCGCCGGCGAAGAAGAGGAAUGCGAAGAAAGUGCAGACACCUAGUGCUAGCGUCUCGAAUGAAGAUGCGGAUGAGGACGAGGAUGAUGAUUUGAGUAUGCCUGAUUUAUCAGCUGAUGAUGAAUUGGCAAAACCGACCACGAAAGCUAAACCGGCUAGGCAAAGUGGAAGAGCCGCAGCAAAGAAAAAGAGUUAUGUCGAAGUUGAUGCUGAUGAGGAGUAG